AUGACGACUACUGAAGGAGCCCGAGUCUUAACACAGGGCGUCGGCUAUGGAGUUGUGCUCGGCAUUGGCCUCGUCUUCGCCGUUAUCAUGAUGGGUUUGUCCUAUCUACAGAACCGUUACACGACUUUCAAGACUACCUCCUCAGAGGAGUUUAACACCGCGUCGCGCUCCGUCAAGCCCGGUCUCAUCGCUUCGGGGAUCGUUUCUGCAUGGACGUGGGCCGCGACUCUUCUCCAAAGUUCAACGGUGACAUAUGAGUGGGGACUCUGCGGCGGCUACUACUAUGCAGCGGGCGCAACCAUUCAGAUCUUCAUUAUGGCAGUCCUUGCCGUCCGAGUGAAGAUGAUCGCGCCAUACUGCCAUACCUACCUCGAGAUCAUGCAGGCGCGCUACGGCAAUGCGGCGCACUUCAUGUUUGUGACGUACGGUCUUGUCACCAACCUCAUCGUCUCCAGCAUGCUUCUGCUUGGCGGUAGUGCCGUUGUCAAUGCCUUCACUGGCAUGAACAUCUACGCGUCCAAUUUUUUGAUUCCCCUGGGUGUGAUGAUCUAUGUCAUACUGGGCGGUCUUCGCGCCACGUUUCUGUGUGACUUCAUACACACGACGAUAUUGAUGAUCAUUAUCCUCUACUUCUUUUUCUAUACCUACACGAACUCUGCGUUGAUUGGUGGCCUUGAUGGAAUGUACCACCUGCUGCAAGAGGCAGCAACCUUACGCCCUGUCGCCGGAAAUCAAGGAGGGUCAUAUCUGACUCUCAAAUCUAACACGCCAGCCGGCGUUGUGACACUUCUUGGCAAGGGGGGUGCAGUUGCAAUGCUGAUCCUGCUCUUCAUGGCGGUCACAUCUGCCGCAUCAUCCGAGAUGAUCGCGACAUCCUCCAUCCUCACGUUUGACUUGUACCAGAUCCACUUCAAGCCAGACGCACCUCCCGAGACGCUCAUCAAGGUCUCACACAUUAUGGUUGGAAUCUGGGCGAUCAUCAUGUCCAGUGUUGCAUGUCUCUGGAACGGCAUUGGCAUCUCUCUGAACUGGCUGUACCUGUUUGCGGGGACGGUCUACACUUCAGCUGUCGGCCCUAUUGUCCUGACCGUCUUGUGGCGCAAGCAGACAAGGGCCGCAGUCUUCGUCGGUGCUCUCGGCGGUCUAUGCAUCGGAAUUACAUGCUGGCUUGUCGUCGCCAAGGCGUACUACGGCGAGCUAAGUAUCACCACUACAGGCGAGAUGUAUCCUAUGCUUGCGGGUAACCUGGGCUCCUGCUGCUCUGGUGUUCUCAUCUCCAUUAUCGUCACUCUGAUCAAGCCGGACAACAAGUUUGACUGGACGGAGACAAAAAAGAUUAAUUCUCGGGGACACGCACUCGUCAGCGCAGGACGGCCGGAUGAGCCACAGACACGGAGCAGCUUGAAUGGCCCAACGUCCGCCCUCAAGUCGGAGAAAAACUCUGAGGUCAUGCAUGUGUUGACUGCGAACGACAAGAUGGAGCUCGAUCUGAAGGACGACACACAUGAGGACACAGAGAUGCUUCAGAAGUCGCUGGUAAUGGCGACGUGGUCAUCGCUGGCAGUCACAUUCAUUUUGAUCUUUUUAAUCCCAAUCCCGAUGUUUCUCUCGCACUAUGUGUUUUCCCUGCAUUUCUUCAGGGCAUGGGUAGUCAUCUCUGUGUUGUGGCUUUUUGUUGCGGCACUUAUCACUUCGAUUCUGCCCGUCUGGGAGAGCCGCGACGCGAUGAUCAAUAUCUGCAGAGGUAUUAUUCGCGACACAUUUGGUGGACGACAGCAUGAAAACAUGACAGAGAAUAAAAAAGCGGCUGCUGCGUGA